UUCGUUUUGUUUUUAUUUUUUGUUUAUCAAAAAUCAAAUUCUUGGCCUCAGUUUAACUAAUUAAAAAUGUCGAAUAUAAUACGCAAAAUUCUAAAACAGACCAAAGAUUUGACCAACUGGAAAUUUUUGAUCAAAAACAACUUCAAUUUGGCCAAUGUAAUGGGAAACAGUGUGGAUCUAAAGCUGGAGGAGCUGCGCUUGGAGCGCAACGAGCUGGAGGCACGCUCCAAGGUGCUAAUGCAGCGACAGCGUUGCGUAGAGUCAAUGUUAACAGAUCUGACGAGGAGCAUUAAGCAAAUGGAAUUCGACAUCGAUGUGAUGCAAAUGCAGAAGCCGGCAGAAAUCGCGCCCCAGGAGCAGGCGAGCACAGAACCAGCUCAGCCAGUGAAACGUGAACAAAAAAUAUAGAGAACCCCAGAAUGCGAGCGAGCGAGAGAGAGAGAGUGCCCCAAGCAGAGCUCACCAUAGAUCGAGGUAGCGAGAGAGAGAGAGAGGGAGAGGGAGAGGAAGAGCAAGCUAAAUAAGGCGGUGAUUUCUGUGAGCUUAUCAGUGACAGACGCAAGUUUCUUUGUAUGCAAAA